AAUGCUUUGCGUCAAACACUUCCUAGUUACUCUGUGCCCUGGUUUCCUUCUUCUGUCAGCUGGUCGAGCUACGACAACAAUAACUGUCAGGACGACAGUUUUGGUGGAGUUGGUCUGAGGACGGAAAGCUCUGCUCGUCAGAUGAUCAGGAGUCUGCAGAGCCUGGAUGGAGGAUUUCAGGCGGAUAUACCUCCGUCUGUGUAAGGAGGGAGGCGUGGAGCCUCAGGAGGGUGUUGUAGCUCAGCUCCAGGAGAGCAGGUCUGCUCAGGGCUCCAGACUGGACCUGAGUGGACAGAGCCUGUCUGCAGAUACCUGCUCAGUGCUGGCUAAGGCCUUCCAUAAGGAUAUUGUCUUUACUGAGGUGUCACUCAGUGACUGCAUGCUCAGCGAGGAGGGUGCCAGAGUGCUCCUCAGUGGACUGUUUGACAACACGACUGUCAAAGUCCUGGAUCUGAAGGGGAAUAACCUGAGAUCAUCAGGAGCUGAGGUGCUGGGACAGUUGUUGGCACAAAACAAGACGCUGCGCAGGCUGGUGCUGGAGUGGAAUGCGUUGGGCGUGUGGGACGAAGCUUUCUCACUCUUCUGCAGCGGUUUAGUUUCCAACUGCGCGCUGACGCAGCUGGACCUGCGCAACAAUCAAAUCAACCACCAUGGAGCGUCGGUGCUCGCUCUGGCACUCAAACGCAACAGCACACUGGAAGUUCUAGAUCUGAGGUGGAACAAUAUAGGUCUGCUGGGAGGCAGGUCCAUGCUGGAGGCACUUCAGAACAACAAGAGCAUAGUGCAGCUGGAGAUGGCUGGGAACAACAUUCCCAGUGACACGCUGAAAGCUCUCGAGCAGGCCACAGGGCACAACUCAGACAGGCGGUCCACCCUGAGGGAGAGUCGCAGCCGCACACAGGUCCUCAGCAAGGAGAUUCAAACACUGAAGGAGGAGAAGGGCCGGCAGUUCCUGAGCCUGAUGGAGACCAUAGACAGGCAGAGGGACGAGAUGGGGCGCUCCAGUAGGUCAACCUCCAGUCAGAUCGGCCAACUCCAGGAAGCUCUGAACGAGAGAAAGUCCGCUGUCAACUCUCUCACCGCAAAGCUGCAGAUGACAGAAGCUGCCCUCGCACUCUCUGAGCAGAAAAACCAAAACAUGGGAGAGCUGCUGUCUCGACUGAAAGCUGAGAAAGAAGGACAGAGGGAACAACACAGCAAAGAGAGGAAGAAAGAGCACGAGCAGGAGCACGUGUCGUCCUUGGAGGAGAAGCUGCGCUCGGUGCGUUCAUCCCUCCAGGAGGUCCAGCUGCACUGUUCCCAGCAGAAACAGACCAUCUCUGAGCUGCAGGCCAAGAACAGCCAGCAGAGCAUCGAGAUGGACGGACUACGACGCAGGAUAGAGGAGCUGCAGCAGGAGCUGUGCUGCAAAGACCAGGAGAAGGUGGCUGAGGUGAGCCGGGUGAGGGUGGAGCUGCAGGAGCAGAUUGGACAUCUCCAGGCAGAGAGGACGGCACAGGGAGCACUUAAAGAAAAGAUCAGCGCUCUGGAAAGAGAGCUUAAAGUGCUGAGUAGUAACCACAGGGAGGCUCUUCUGGACAAAGAGAGCGAGAUGUCUUCCAUGUUGGAGAAGCUGCGACUGAAGGAGGCAGAGAUCCAUAGGAUUAGGGAGGAUGAGGCCAACAGAGCCAGCUAUUUGCAGAGUGCCGUCCUCUCCUACAUUCACGGUUCUCCUCUGGGACACCACAGCAGCCUCCAGAAAUGAGCCAGCAGGGCCUCUCUCAGGGCUCCCGCACUGGGCAGGACCAGGCAUAGCUCCACAGAGCUGAAGAAUAUUCUGACGUGGACGAUCAGUGCUCAGCAAAUAAUAACCAUACCUAACAUAAUGUUAAAAAAUGACAAAUCUCAUCAGGACGUGCUCAGUUCAAUGGUGUGCUACUUUCUUUUUUUAUUGCUACUUUUAAUAAAUACACAGCGCACUUUUAAGUGCCAACACUUUCCACACGUUCCAGUGAGUGUAGUAGAAAGCAACAAGGUUUUCACAUGAUGAAAAAUAAGAAUCGGCUGUGCAUUUGUAAAAGGAACUAUGGCUUCACUGAAUGAUGGAGCGAAUGGAUUUACAGUGGCUGAGGGGAAGAAGAGAGAGCCGUCUGAAUAAACACCGAUUUCAAAAACUCCUAACAGUCCAGAGGCUGCAAGGCAGCCAUCAAACAUCUGCAGAUGUGUCACAGUCACACAGCUGUUCACACACAUCCAGCACAUGGUGACUAUGACCUUCCACAUGUGAAGGUCAGCGCUGCUGAAAGAGUCCUGUGAUCAGAACCUGGUCUUGUGUCAUAAAUUUCCAUUUUUAUGUCCUUCACUCACACAGUACAUGUGAUAAACUGUACUUAGCUUUCACUGCAAGCCAGCGUCAUUUCUGCCACAUUUAUCCAGUUUGAGUAAACGUACAUGUUUACAGUCAAAAUGAUAUUUGGUUCAGAUAUGCCUUAAUAUUGUAUACUACAGAGUAGACACUGAUGCAAAGCAGGACACCUGCUGUUUUUACAUUUUAUAAUGAAAGUCCAAAUAAAGCUGUUGUGUUUCAGGUCUGCUAUCAGUGA